CCCGGGAUCAGCAGCUGUCCUCCCGGCUGAGGAGCCAGACCCUGCCCGCCAGCAGCCCGGCACUGCAGCACCUGAGGCCCCCCAGCUCCAGGCGUCUCAGAGCGCUGCUGCUGCACCAGGAGCCGCAGCAACCCAGCACGGCAGCACGCUACGAAGGAGGGUGGAGAAGACGAAAUGCAAGCAAAAGCCACAAGCAACUUCAGCUACUCUAUCAAUGGUAGCAACUGCACCAGCGAUAACAGAAUCAGACAGGUCAUCUUCCCCUUGCUUUAUACUCUUCUCUUCCUGGUGGGUCUCACUAUGAAUGGCCUGGCAACAUGGAUCUUCUUCAAAAUAUCAAGUAAAUCCAAUUUCAUCAUCUUCCUCAAGAAUACUGUCAUUUCUGACAUCCUCAUGAUUCUGACUUUUCCAUUUAAAAUCCUCAGCGACGCACAGUUGGUACCGUGGGUGCUGAGAGGAUUUGUGUGCCAGGUCAGCCAGGUCGUGUUUUACUUCACCAUGUACAUCAGCAUCUUGUUCCUCGGGCUGAUAACCAUCGACCGCUACCAGAAAGCCACCUCGCCAUUCAGAACAUCAACCACAAGGAGCCUUCGAGGCGCCAAGAUCCUCUCCAUGGCUAUUUGGAUAUCGAUGUUUACUCUUUCAUUACCCAACAUGAUUCUAACAAACAAGAAAAAAACACCUAAGAACGUAAAAAAGUGUGCCCUCUUGAAAUCUGAGUUUGGCUUAGUCUGGCAUGAAAUCGUAAACUACAUCUGCCAACUUAUCUUCUGGGUUAAUUUAGCAGUCAUAGUUGUAUGCUACAUACUCAUGAGCAAAGAACUGUAUAAGUCCUAUCAGAGGACAAGAUCCACAGGAAGACCAUCCAGAAAAUCUGUAAAUCUGAAGGUUUUCAUCAUAAUCGCAGUGUUCUUUAUUUGUUUUGCGCCAUUCCACUUCACCAGAAUUCCCUACACUUUGAGCCAAACAAGAAAUGUUUUUGACUGCUCUGCAGUGAACACCCUGUUUUACUUAAAGGAGAGCACGCUGUGGCUGACAUCGCUGAACGCUUGCCUAGAUCCAUUCAUUUACUUCUUCCUUUGCAAGUCGUUUCGAAAGUCCUUGCUAGGCAUGCUGUGCAAGGCCACCGCAUCGCCAGAACUCGGAGCGCAGACAGCAGGGCAGAACGGAAGAGACGACACUGAGGACACCCCACUUUAGCACAAAGGACCACCACAGCCCUGCCCGGCCACGUACGUUUCCCUGGGGUUGGGGAGCAGAAGGAUCCUGCUAAGGCUACCCACAAUUUCACCUGCGCCUUCACAACCUGCCCUACAGGUGAAACACAGAUCCAUGGAACCAACAUCGCCAGUUGCAGGAAGGACAAAAAUCAGAACAACUGAAUACAAGGGCACCAUCUGCUCACAGGCUCCGCGUCUGACCGAGUUGCUGGGAAAAAGUUUGAAUUUAUAGUUGGAGCUGUAAGAAAAAAAUAAACCAGAGUCACAGAAUGCUACUGAACAGAAGAUGAGCUGCAGAGAUUUUGCAGCUUAAUUUGGGCCAGGGGAAAGCCCAUGACAACAAAGGAAUGGAUGUAAAUAAACCCCAUAACAAAUGCAGCUUUUCAGUAUGGGAAGUUGCCACUUAGUAUGCAAUCAUCUGACAAACAGAAAUGCAGCACAUCUGUAGGUAAGCUAUUUGCCUGUGCAGAUGUUUGGUAACAGCAUCAUGUUUGGCUUAUCUCAGUAUAUGCUUGCAAUUCUUAACACACUGACCAAAAAUCAGUAGUUGUACAUCAGAGAAAAUUACUGCAUAGUCAGACUUAUCUUCAUGCGACUUCAAUCUUCAAAUAUUUCACCUUCAUAGAUAAAAAAUAACUUUUAUAGAGGAAGAUGCAUUACAUUUAAAAAUGCACAAAGGCUUGAUUUGCAGAAUAUUCAGAUCUCAGGGAAAGAAAGACUCACGGUAAAAUCUUUACUAAUCAUUAAGGACUGCUUUCUUGCACUAAACAAUAAUUUUAACCACUUCUCUUCAUUUGGAAAAGCGAGAACAAGCAGGCUGGAAUUUUCAGGAACAAUCAUCAUAUAAACCCUAAGCUGAUGUGAUGGAUUAGGGCUCAUUUAUCAUCACUGCAAAACAGCUCCCAUUCAGAAACACGUGCCACCACCACGUAAGUGUGCAGAACGGCCACCCAAUGUCCUGUCCACCCUUCUCUGACAGUUUCUGCCCCUUGGCAGAGCACAGGGAGUCUUCAGGACUGGUAUCCAACUUCCUAAAACAUUAAAACACAGUUCACACAUGUCAGCGCUCAGCCUUGGAGCCGAUGCAUCUCCCAUCACCUGUCAGCACAAAUCAAGGGCUUCACAAAGCCUCCUGCACACACAUUACACCGCUGUACAUUGCAGCAUCAACAACAGGGUGUUGUUAUUUCCCUGGAACCAGUGUGCAGUCACUUCACUGCAUGCUUUCAGCACCCACUUGGGGGCCAGGAGGGACGUGCAAGAUUCCCAACACAUUGCCCGCAUUUCUUGCACCACACGUGGAGGGAAAGUGGCAGUUAUCUGGCAGAUGCCUCUCCUGAUCAGCUGGACUGUUCAAACCGUAGGUCCUGCAGCUCUCUGUGUACCACACAGAGGUCACUGAUGCUGCACACAGGCACACAGUACCUGCCUCUGCAGUUGGGAGCAGUGACAAGAUAUAGGAGAAAACAUGAUGACGCUGCCUUGGAAAUCAGCACUACGCAAUGAACCACCUCAGCUUUAUGCAGUCCUGGUGCACGACCAGAAGUCAGGGCAGGCAGCUAUGGACACACGAGGAUGAUGGCAGUGAGAAAGGCCACCUUCACCUCUGCCUCUCUGGGGGCUCUGCCCUCUCUGCCCAACAUCAACGUUGACAUCUGCACAGGCACCUACAGCACAGUGUCUUCACAGAUGCAGUCAUUUUUCCUUUGUCAGCAGAGAAAGUGGUUCUUCCUGACAGAGAACAAAAGGAAGACGGAAAGGCAACAAAAAACAUGAUUAAGUAACUCGGGUGAUAAAUGAAAAUCAGGAAGGAAACGACACACCACUGCCAGCAGAAAAAGUCUCUUCUUUCUACACGUUUCCUCGCUGUUAUAACUUUGCUCCAGGCUCCUGUCUGCAGAGGAACCAGAUAAUCAGAGACCCUCUUUGAAACAGCUGCUGCCAGCUGUGCUCAGGUGCUUGCUCUCCCGCAGCGUCCCCGUGGCGCGGUGGAGCUCCUGGCUGUCUCGUUUGCAGACGUGAGGCUGACAGCCAGCAGCAUGCACCUUAUUCUCAAAAAUGUUAAAACCUGUGCUGAUAAAGGAAGAAUGGUGCGUGCUGGGUGAGAAAUACCAGAAUUCACUUUCCCAGAGGCACCUGGGGGGCUUUUUAACCACAACCACAAAAUCUCUACUCCAUACUGGAAUACAUUUCCAUGUGAAGACAAACGGUUCUCCGGGCAUUCCACUGCUAUAACCUUUCAACUCUUCACUACUCUGCAAACAACCCUUGACAGAAUUUUACAUACAAUGUUGUUGAGUUUAAUGCACAUUUGACAGAUUUUUGUGCAUUUGUAUAAACCUGCUAAUAAUAAUAACGAGGAAUGUGUCAUCCUGAAUACAAACAGUCAUACUUUACAUUGUCUCUCCCCUUUUUAUCCGAGUCUACUUUGAGAAAUGGGA